CUCACUGCAGGUUGCAAUUCUCCAGAAUUCUAUCAAUCAUACAUCACUGCCUGCAAUAUCAAAAAAUCAAAAAAUAUUAAUUUUUUUUUAAAAAAAAAAAAAAAACCCCAACUUUUAACAACCAUGUUCACCUGAAAUCUUGGCUUUUCUUGAUCUCUCUCUCUCUCUCUCUCUCUAAUUCUGAUUUUCACACACACCCAUUCAGACUGUCUAAAAAGCUCGCGCCUUUCAACUUCAAUUCUCUCGCCUGGGUUCUUCCCAAACCUGCAUUGCGUAGAGAAGUGGGGGAGGUGAGGUUUAAUGGUGAUAUGAGAGCAGUGGGAUCGAGAAGAGAUGGGCGUGGCUAAAGCUUGGAGGUGUGGCGGCGGCGCGUUUGCUAACGUGGCGGUGGUGCAGCACCGGCAAAAGCAGCAUUUGGUCGUCGUGACGGCGGCGAAGAAGCCGAUCUCGUGGACGGCUGUGUGUGGGUUGAUACUCUUCGUCUUGGGUUUGAUUUCUCUCUUUACUGGCCACCUCGUAUCUAACCUCGAAUGGUACUCCCACAAGUUCAUCAAACGCCCAUGGUACUCCAAGCUGGAUAGGAGGACCACUGCAUCAAUUGAUAUUUGGAAAUCGAAAUACUCGGAUUUCUACUAUGGAUGCAGUGAAAGAAGCCAUGACUUUGCUCCUGCUGUUAGUGAGCAAUCAUCAAAUGGCUAUUUACUUAUUGCAACUAGUGGAGGUCUCAACCAACAAAGAACUGGAAUAACCGAUGCAGUUGUGGUUGCACGGAUUCUGAAUGCCACAUUAGUUGUGCCCGAAUUGGAUCACCAUUCAUUCUGGAAGGACGAUAGUGAUUUUCUCGACAUAUUUGAUGUGAACUGGUUUAUCCAGUACCUAGCAAAGGAUGUCACGAUUGUCAAAAGAGUCCCGGAGAAGGUCAUGACAUCGAUGGAGAAACCCCCGUAUACAAUGCGUGUUCCAAGGAAGUCAGAACCGGAGUACUAUUUGGGCCAAGUACUGCCAGUACUCCAGCGAAGACGUGUUGUUCAGUUAACAAAGUUUGACUAUCGGCUUGCAAAUGAUCUAGAUGAAGACCUUCAGAAGUUGCGUUGCAGAGUGAACUACCAUGCUUUAAGAUUCACGAAACCCAUAAGGAGUAUGGGCCAGAAACUCGUGAUGCGUAUGCGCAAGAUGACUACACGUUUCAUUGCAGUUCAUUUGAGGUUUGAACCGGAUAUGCUGGCGUUUUCGGGAUGCUACUAUGGUGGGGGAGAUAAAGAGAGAUAUGAACUGGGGGAGAUAAGAAAACGAUGGGAGACUCUACCUGAGUUAAGCCCGGAAGAAGAGAGAGUGCGGGGGAAAUGCCCUCUUACGCCCCACGAAGUUGGUCUGAUGCUUCAAGCGCUUGGCUUCAAGAACGACACCUUCCUUUAUGUUGCAUCGGGGGAAAUAUAUGGUGGAGACAAGACUUUGCAGCCCCUAAGAGACCUCUUUCCAAACUUUUAUACCAAGGAGAUGCUGGUUGGGGAAGAUCUGAAGCCUUUUCUUGCGUUUUCUUCUCGACUGGCUGCUAUUGACUACAUUGUGUGUGAGGAAAGCGAUGUUUUUGUUACCAACAACAAUGGAAACAUGGCAAAGAUCCUUGCUGGUAGAAGGAGGUACAUGGGGCACAAGAGGACAAUCCGACCAAACGCCAAAAAGCUCAGCGCUCUAUUCAUGGCACGGGAGAAGAUAGGGUGGCGUGCAUUCACCCGAAAGGUUAAAUCGUGCCAGAGAGGAUUCCUGGGAGAGCCCGAAGAGACAAAACCAGGGCGUCCCGAGUUCCACGAGUACCCUGCAUCCUGCAUCUGCCGUAAACCAUUUAGAUACUCCAACAUCGUAAAAAACCAUAACUCAGAAGGCGUUCCGUCCCUCCUGGUGGCAAAAUCCAGGUACAGAUACCAGCGUAGCGACAAACUCUCGCGGAAACUUGGUAAUGUAACAUCAUCAUCAUCCUUACUAGUAGAGAUUGAGCAUGAAGAUUCCCUGUCUGACUAAAGGAAGUGUAGAAAGGGAUUGUUAGUUUCAGGGUGUGUGUGUGUAUUGUGUAUUGUGUAAUGUAAUGGUGCUGAGAGUGCCAAUUUUGGUUGUGUGAUAGAGAUGAAUGCUGAAUCUGUAUAUAGCUAAGCUUGUCACUUCCUGAUAACUAGUUAAUAUUGUCCACACAUAUAUAUAUAAGAUAGAUUAUGUACCACACGAAUUUUACCCCAA